AUGACGCCGCGGAGGCGGUCUCGUCCCGCCGCGCCCACCGCGCCCGCCGCGCCCGCCGCUCCCGCUAGUGCAGCCCGGGAGGCCAGACGCUGGCGCUGCAGGGAGACGGCGAUGGGCGCAGCCGUUAGGGGGCGCGGCGGGGCGGGGCGCACCUUUCCGCGGGCCGCGCGGAUGGCGGCGCAGGGCGUAGGGCUUGGGCCGGGGUCGGCGGCACCCCCGGGGCUGGAGGCGGCCCGGCAGAAGCUGGCGCUGCGGCGGAAGAAGGUGCUGAGCACCGAGGAGAUGGAGCUAUACGAGCUGGCGCAGGCGGCGGGCGGUGCUGUCGACCCCGACGUGUUCAAGAUCCUGGUGGACCUGCUGAAGCUGAACGUGGCCCCCCUCGCCGUCUUCCAGAUGCUCAAGUCCAUGUGUGCCGGGCAGAGGCUAGCGAGCGAGCCCCAGGACCCUGCGGCCGUGUCUCUGCCCACGUCGAGCGUGCCCGAGACCCGAGGGAGAAACAAAGGCAGCGCUGCCCUCGGGGGAGCACUGGCCCUGGCGGAACGCAGCAGCCGCGAAGGAUCCAGCCAGAGGAUGCCACGCCAGCCCAGCGCUACCAGGCUGCCCAAGGGGGGCGGGCCUGGGAAGAGCCCUACGCGGGGCAGCACCUAGGAUGGGGCAGACUUGUCACAUCUUUGUCCCCAGCAAAGUCUACGUGUUAUCUCCUUCAGUUGAUAAUAAACCUUUCUGAGAUGCA